AGGCGACAUCGACGCGUCGUAUUUCCUUAGGGUACACGUGUAUUAGUGUACACGUGCACUGAAUACGGACGAAUUGGAUAAUACGCCGUGGUGUUUAGGUCUGGAAUAAUGAAAUCUACUGAUGUUUUCUUCGGAUACCUGUAUUUUUCUAUCUUUGGCUGUGUUGUGGCUAGAUUAGGAGACAGAUUCUCGUCACUGUCUUCGCUAAAGGAAUGGGUGGACCCCCACCCCCUACCGGGUUGUGUGUUGGGUAACGAACAUUACCGUCUAAAAGAGAAAUUCAGUCCACCAAUAGAGCCGUAUGGGAGAAUGAACUGCCUUAUAUGUCAGUGUAUUCCGUUGAUGAGGAAAGGGAUUCUACAUCAUUACGGGAAAGUGCGAUGUGUCAAAAUUGAGAAUGAAUGUCCGUUACCGAACUGCCCUAAUCCAAUUCUACUUCCGGACAAAUGUUGCAAGUCAUGUCCUGGAGACACAGUGACGUUUGAAGACAAAUAUUCCCUUCUUCCGGUUGAUCUGGAAGCGGAAGUGGAUGCGGCGCUUACCGGAGACGGGAAGACGAUCGAUAAAUAUAAAUCAAAAAAUUACAUAGCGUUACUGGUGGGUCGGAACGUACCUGGUCGGAUACCCGUAUAUACUAGGGCCGUUGCUGUGGUCAAGCUAAAGGUGACAAACUCGGGCGGAAUCCAGUACACACUGCGACACGAACGAUUAAAUCGACCUAAAUCCAUUCAAAUGAUAGACAGAAACGGAAACGUUCUGAUACAAAAGCGUCUGGAAGCUCCUACAGAUGAUAACAAGUACUGUGGAGAAUGGACCACUUUGCCGCUAUAUUAUUUACGAUAUUUACACAAGAAAGAAAUUGCAAUCACUAUUACAACGUUUUCAUAUCCGAAAGGGGAAGUUAGUGGCAGACCGGAAGUAGAUACACGAAAAAAUCCAGAGACCUUCGGCGCGCUAUUGGUAUCCCCAAAGCUGGACGGUGCCGGCGGGUAUGCAGUUUUGACCUAUGGACUGAAGAAAAAGAGGAUAUCAUAUUCUAUAAUACACGACGGACUGUUUAAUAGCAAGCGUAAACGACAGGAAUAUUUCAUAACAAUCGAAAAGAGAACAAAGAUUUUACAUCAAAAGACACGACGAUCACGACGAAAGAAUAAACUAAGAGGGUUUUGGAAAAGUACUAACAAGAAAAACCGAAAACUUCUGGUACGCGGAAGACUUCGGCUUCGUGUUACAUCGAAAGGAGGCACAAGCAUCAUAGGCUAUAUAAAACCUACGUUCACGUGUGGCACCUACCAAGCUGUGCUUUCGACCGGGGAGUCACUUUAUAAUAGACAGGGACCGUUAGCAAGUGCUGGAUCUGCGAUAUUUGAUGUUCAUGACAACGGGGAUGUUGAUUACAAGAUAAGACUGUUCAACAUGCAAAACGUUGUUACAAGUAUCAGCGUUGAUACUCCUUCGAAGUCUGGGUCUCGAAAUAGUAGAAUAAGGGAUCUUAUGCGGACGUUCGUCAGGAACGGGUCGUCUUAUGACGGUAUGGCUACCGGUAAGCUUUCCAAGUUGAGGGCAAGAGAUAUAGCCUUGCUACAGGCUGGGAAGCUGCAUGUCAACGUGGCGACAAUUGCCAACAGAAUAAGCGUUUUACGGGGGAGUAUUGAGCGGCUGGACCAUCUCAGCCAUGUUGAUAUAUUUCAAGAUCCUCCAAAUAUGCUGAUGUCAUCACUAUCGUCCCCUACUGGGGUUGCUGGCCACACGUGGAUCAACGUGGCUGAUGAUUGUGUAUUACAUUAUCAGAUAGUGUUGUCAGGAUGGCGGGGUCAGGACGAGGACCUCACAGCGCUAAUCACAGGCGACUAUGAUACCACAGUCAGUACUAACGCCAUCUACACUAUUAUUAUUACAGACUUCCACGACGGCAAGGCCCGUGGAACCGUUGCCGAUAUGUCUGAAGAAGUAUUUCUGAGUCUAAAUAGGGGCACGUCCUUCCUUCAUAUUGAGGUUAAGGGUCAACGAAAGGGAGAAAUACGGACUAAUCUUACCAUUCCAAAUAAUUGUUGGCAAGUGUUUAACGACCAAAUACCGGAUGUUUUUGUUGAUGAGUACGGUAAUCCAAUUAUAACACAAAACCCACGCCUCAACUGUAGAUACAACGGCAUUGUAUACAGAGACAGCGACACCUGGAGACAGAACAUCACAUCAUGUGCAACUUGUAUUUGUAAUAGAGGAGAAGUCCAGUGUCAUCCUGUGGUGUGUCCUGAAUUGUCAUGCAUGGUUAAGCGAAUGUCUGAUGACGGUUGUUGCCCAGUGUGUGCAGAGGAACCUCCAGACUAUUACACUGCCGAAUCGGACGUGCCAGCACCUACCAACACCUCGUGCUAUUACCCCGGGGACAAAAGAUGGCAUCCUGCAGGGACACAGUGGUAUCCGUAUGUUCCGCCGUUUGGAUACGUGACAUGUUCCAUAUGUAGAUGUGAGCCUGGUAGUAACUCUUAUAAGUGUGUCCGGAAGGAGUGUCCGGAGCUCGAGUGUCCACGCUCUCAAGCUAUACGACUCAAGGAAACGGACUGCUGUCAGACGUGUCCACAUACUGUUUCAGUGCCACCUGUUUUCCAGGACGUAAUAACCAUUCCCCCUGUUGUACUACCGGAAGUACCGUCACAAAGAGGAUGUUCAGACGAAGUCCGAUCUACAGCACAGUGGAGUCGAGUGCCACCGUUUGGUCUUCGGAAUUGCUAUGUCUGCAGAUGUCGGGGUGGUUCAAUAAAGUGUCGAAUGAAAGAGCGGUGCAAUAAACACAACUGCCGAAACUGUAAAUCUGAAGGAUUGCAAAGUCAACAUGGCUCGUCAAGAAGUAGACACAGACCGGAUCUUACUACUAGAACCACAUUGGGACCUCGGAGAUAGUUAACAUAGGUUAUAUAUAGUUAUAUAUAGAUAUAUAUAUAAAGUAUAGAUGUGUAA